AUGUCGAGAGGUCUUGUUUUGAUCACCGGUGGCACGGGCCAUGUUGGAUUCCGAACCCUCGUCACAGCCUUAAAGGCCGGAUACCGAGUUCGAGCUGCAGUCCGUUCCGAGUCUAAAAGGGAAGAAGUCCUUUCUGCGCCAUCCAUCAAGGAGCUCAACCCAGCGGAUAAGCUUACAUUUGUCAUUGUUCCAGACCUUAUGGUCGACGGUGCAUACAACGAAGCUGUCAAGGGCGCGAACUAUAUCCUACAUAUUGCUUCGCCCAUCGUCCUCAAGGGAGAAAUCAAACCAGAGGACUAUGAGAGAACCCUUAUUGAGCCUGCCGUCGCUGGAACAACCAAUAUCCUGGAAGCCGCGCUCCGUUCACCCGAUGUCAGGCGUAUUGUGAUCACUUCAUCCGUUGUCGCAAUGGUCCCUGCGAAAUAUAUGUUCGAAACCAAUACACCUGAUGGAUUCGUCGUGGACCAUAAUUCAAGACUGCCUCCGCCAUCUGGUCCAUAUCCAUCCGACUUCCACGCGUAUAACGCCAGCAAGACCGCUGCUCUCCUCGCAACUGAGGCCUUCGUCAGAGACCGGAACCCCCAUUUCGACGUAACAAACAUCCACCCGUCUUUCGUUAUCGGCAAGAAUGAGCUCGUAAGAGACGCUAAAGAUAUCACUGUCGGUACUAAUGCGGUUGCUAUCGGACCGGUUCUUGGAAACAAGUCCGACACCCCCAUUACGGGUUCCAGUGUUCACGUCGACGAUAUUGCAUUCAUGCAUGUCAAGGCUCUUGACCCGAGUGUCCCGGCUGGAAGUUAUAUUGGCAACUCUGAUGACUAUGCUGGGAAUGUGUGGCAGAAUGCGACAAGUAUUGCGGCAGAGCAUUUCCCUAAUGCUGUUGCACGCGGCAUUCUGCCUAACAAUGGUACACAGCCAACUAGGAAGACCAGGGUGAAUGCGAGAAAGACAGAGGAAAUUAUGGGCUUCAAGUUUUUGAGCUUUGAGGAACAGGUUACAAGUGUUGUGAAGCACUUCCUUGAGCUGAAGGGAGAAAAUGCCGAGUAA